GCCGCACAGUCGCAUUCUCCCUUCUGAUGGCCCAUGGCCGGUCGUCAACCACCCCCCCCCCACAAAGCCACAAGAUAAGCAAGCCAUCUGGCCCGCGCGUCGGUUGAUUGCUCAUGCUCCUACGAAAAAGUAGCGGGGGGAGGGAGGGAAGGAGACUAGGAGAGAGAGAGAGAGGGAGAGGACAAUGGCAAGCGGGCUGGUCUGGCUGGCGCUCUUGCUCGCGCACGGGCUCCUGUCGUGGCCGUGCGCGUCGGCCGCCGUCGACCGCGGCCAGUUCCCCGACGGCUUCCUGUUCGGGACCACCACCUCUGCGUACCAGAUUGAAGGCGCGAAUUUGGAGGGUAACAGAGGCCUCAGCAAUUGGGACGUAUUCGCCCAUACGCCAGGUAAAAUUGAGGAUGGGAGCAAUGGUGAUACCGCAGAUGAUCACUAUCAUCGUUACAUGGAAGACAUUGAAUUGAUGCAUUCCAUGGGUGUCAACUCAUACCGUUUCUCCAUUGCGUGGACAAGGAUUCUACCAAGAGGUCGAUUUGGACAUGUUAAUCCAGAUGGGGUAGCAUUCUAUAAUAAUCUUAUUGAUGCACUUCUGCAGAAAGGCAUACAACCGUUUGUAACAAUAUCUCAUUACGACAUUCCACAAGAACUGGAAACGCAAUAUGGUGGAUGGUUGAGCCCAGAAAUUCAGAAGGACUUUGGCUACCUCGCAGAAGUAUGCUUCAUGAUGUUUGGUGACCGAGUAAAAUUCUGGAUAACAUUUAAUCAGCCAAAUUUGUGGUUGAAGUUCAGUUAUAUGGAUGGAUUGUACCCUCCCGGGCGCUGCUCUCAACCAUUUGGUAAUUGUGCCUUUGGGAAUUCUUCAAUAGAGCCAUACAUAGCAGGUCAUAACAUGAUAUUGUCACAUGCAAAUGCAGUCAGUAUUUACAGAAAAAAGUAUCAGGGGAAGCAAGGUGGUCAUAUUGGGAUUUCUAUGUGCUCGAGAUGGUAUGAACCUUUCUCGAAUACUACAGUAGACAUACUAGCAGUUGAACGUGCUCUAGCUUUCGAUGGUCCAUGGUUUCUAGAUCCUAUCAUUUUUGGUGAUUAUCCCACAAAGAUGCGUGAGAUCUUGGGUCCAAACUUACCUGAGUUCACAUCGCAACAGAAGAAGAAAUUGAAGGCUACCAAAUUGGAUUUUAUUGGACUCAGUCAUUAUACAACAUUAUAUACGAAGGACUGCAUCUUCUCACCAUGUGAAAUAGAUCCUAUUGAUGGUGAUGCUCGAGUUUUUAGUUCAGGAGUAGGAGAGGAUGGAGUACUUAUUGGUGAAGUGACAGGAUCGCCAUUCUUUUAUUCUGUUCCAGAGGGGAUGGAAAAAGUGGUCAUGUACUACAUGCAAAGAUACAAUAACAUACCAACAUAUAUUACAGAAAAUGGAUACGCUCAAGCAAGCAACAGCAGCAUGACUGCCAAGGAUUUUACCAACGACACAGGAAGAGUUGAUUACAUCCGUGACUACCUGACCUUUUUGGCGUCAGCAAUAAGGAAGGGAGCCGACGUGCGUGGUUAUUUCGUGUGGUCUUUACUCGACUGCUUCGAGUGGACGUCCGGGUACACGCAAAGGUUGGGGCUCUACCAUGUCGACUUGAAGACGCUGGAGAGGACGCCCAAGUUAUCGGCGAAGUGGUUCAGUGAGUUCCUCAAGGGUGGCUCGCUUGUGGGAACAAGGCCCCGGAAAGAAAAUCCCCAGUCGAAGCAGUACGCCGCGCAGUAAUCCAUCAACCGUGUUCUCCUCGAUCGCCGGUUUAGUUUGCUACGUGAAAGUUACCGUGGCUUACAUGCCCAGGUCAUGCUUCGUUGAAUAAAAUGGUUUGGGAAGGUGUCUUGUCCAUUUGUCAUUGGAGAAAACGCAAGCAAACCGCCGUUGAGUGAAAACCGUUGUGUUUUGCCUAAUCUGAAUCUUUUUCUUUAUUAAUAUAAGCGGCAGCUUGAUUCGUUUAAAAAAAAAACCGUUGUGUUUGGAGGGGCUGCUACUUCCUGAAUGAUGUACGUGUCGAGUUUGCCUGUAUGGGCAGAAUCCAGGCACGAACACCAUCCGUGGAUUUUCGUCUGCAUAUGUAUAUGACUUUAUAUUCA